AUGCCGGAUAGUGGUAGAUCAGGAGAGGGCAUAGAGGCUGAGAAUCCUCGAUACACGGCUUCGAACCCCGCGUUAGAACACGAAGGUUCCUCGAACGUGAUCAAUCGGGGUGAAGAAUCGACUACCUACAAUGAGAUCGGAGAGCAGGACUAUCAUCACUACUACUACCCAGAUAGCAUACCAGGAAACACAUCGGUUGGUAUGACCACUUCCGGUGAGUCUGGUCAGUAUCAAGAGCUCAUCAAAGGUGAAAAUGGCGCUGCCGGUGCAGUGGAUAAGAACGCGGGAAAUAAAGGUCCUGAUCAUGGAACGUCCAGUGACCAACAUACCUACCAGGACUUGCAACGUGACGUUAGCAGCACCAAUGGUGUUCGCCAAGAUGGUGAUCUUCCACUAGCUCGAGCCUUACAGGAAGCACCCGCAAAGGAGAAUGGCUACCAGGCUCUCCAGAAGCCUUCCCCUGAAUACGCUACCCUAGAACCUCCUUCAGAUAUUGCAACAAUAGCGCAAACUGGACAGACGUUAACUUCCUCUUCUCAUGAUAAAGAACUUCCUUCAGAUACGAGGUACGAAGCUCUCCACCAAGGAUCAAAGACGGUUGGACACCAAGAAAGCUCCGCGGGAUAUAGUACACUAACGCCUACAGAAGAAUCAGCAGACGAUGAUUACGAAACUCCAGAUGCAAAGCCGAGGGUGACACAUGCCUCUCGCGAUCCGAGAGCUGCUACCGAGGAGCCAUACGACCACCUCGAACGCACCAGACCGUCAGAUGCUUCACCAAUUAUUGACCAGCCAAAGACCAACGGCACUGUAUCUAACCCUGACGAUGAUUACCAGACACCAAUCGGAGCAGUCAGAGAUCACCUGCAUGAAUACCAGAUCCUGGAGAACCAAGGUUAUCAUCUUCAAGAACCUGCAGACCUUGAAGAUGAUCAUGACUACUCACAUCUUCAGAGGACCCUGGGACAAAACCCCAAUUCCGAUGUGACCAAUGACAAUGGUGGGGAUAAUUCUUACGGAAAGCUACAAUUUAACGAUAAGUAAAGGGAAUGAGAGAACAUCGAUAUGAUUAUUUGAGUUAAGAAAUUCAAAGCAUGAAUUCAGAAUGUCAUCACAGAAUGAUUUACUCAGAAAGUUGUUGAUGCUAUUAGUGUAAAGAUAAAGUGUACUAUAAAACCGGUAAUAUCAUUUUACUCAUAUUUGUUUGGUGUAAAAUGUUCAUUAAAAAUGAGAACAUGGAUAAUGGAUGAAUGAUAACUUGUCUACAUUUAAUUGAUACCUUAAAUACCCAGACACCAUGUAUUACUGAAAUAAAACCGUUAAAAUCUACGGGUAUGUUUUUUUUCGUUGAUAUUAAAUUGUUAUUCUCAAGUUUGCAAUUAAGACUGGAUGUAACGUUUAGUGUUGUAUCAAUUAUUUAGCGAUUUACUUCUCAUUUUCCCCUCAUUAAUGAUACAUUGCUGCAAAUGCUGACGGACUAAAAUCUGAUACAUUAUAGUUGUCGAAUCACUAAUUUCACUUAUUAAAACACAAUUUAAAUCAUAAACGUAUUAUGCACGUAACCCCCACUGGUGAUUAAAGUUUCUUAACAAUUCUUUUCUUUUAAAAUGCAAUUUGAAAACUAAAAACAAAAGUCCAUUUGAAGAAAUGUUUAAAACAUUCUUCGUAUUAGUUUUACAUAUACUACUAUGAAAAAGAAAUUACAGAUUUUCAUUUUGCUGAACACAGAAUAAGAAUCUUUAUACAAAGGCUACACGGUGAUGUACGCAGUAAUCCCAGUAAUAAAUUAGAAUAGGUACCAACAUUAUUGGGCAUAUUAUCAUUUUGGAUGAUUUAUCUGGUGUUGCCCUCGAGUUUCCCAUACUCAUUACAUGGAUCUCGAUCAAGGUGAUGAUGACCUGAUGGCAGGUUGAUACCAAGAGGCCUUUGAAGAUGGGAGUACUCUCCGUCAUCCUUCGGAUCCGCAUCCAAGGUUGUGUAGGUGUUGGCCAAGUCAUCUUCAGCAGCUUCAUGUCGUGUUCGGCUGUCGGCGUGAUUUUCUAGAACUUCCGGUGCGCUUUUUCGAGGAUGGUCGUAUAGUUUGCGAGCAGCAUCGUCGGGUAUCACCUUUGGUUUUCCCUCCAGGGCUUCAGAGUCGGGAUCGACUCUUGUUGUUGAUGAUGAUCCAUCCUUUGAGAUAAGUCCAGUCGCUGGUGCUGGUGAGGUUUCGUUUCCUGCUUCAAGGACAUAAUAUGAAUGGUUGUUCCCCGGUCCUUCCUGCCCAAGUUGCUUCUGGAGAUCCGAUUGGUUUGUGUUUCCUGCUCUUUGAUUACUUGUCUUUUGCACCUCCUGUGGAAGAUCUGGAAUAUGCCUAUCUGGUAGGACGUAGGUAUGAUAGUCGCCCUGCUCUUUGCCGCUGAACAGGACACUGUAGUUUUCCUCUCCAAUUUCAUUGUAGAUCACAUUGCUUGCCCCAUCACGACCAUUCUGUUGCUGUUGAGCGAUCCUGGAUGCAUCAGGUUGCAUUUCGAACAGUGGAGAAUCAUGUGCUGAGUGAAGAGGCCCUCCGUGAUGAUCACUGCUGACUGUAUUGCAAGUAGAGUUGACGGGACCAUCCGAGCUUUGACAAUACAGAUUCUUCCUUUCAGUCAAAACUUUUCUAUAUAGAUGCAAAAGUCGAAGAAAUACAAGUUUGAUUUAUUCUCUAAUUUAGUCUACAUUGGAUUAAAUGGUUUAUAUAUUCUAAAAUUAAGACCGAAAACUAAAUAUAGGAAGAUGUAAUAUUCUGGAACAAGCUUUCCUCUCAAUUUAAGAAGUCAUUCAUUUUUAAGAAUAACGUAAAAGUCUAUACAGUAUAACAGUUAAGGUCCCUGUUCUUAUUUUAUUAUGUUUGGUUAUUCCCCUCUUUUUUUACAUACACUUGUGAUUGUGUAAAUAGGCCUACAGUACUUUCAUAAGUCGUAAAUUAUGUUAUUUUCUGUAGAUUAAGUAUUAAAUAUAUUUGUGGUAUACGUACUAAUUUUGUAUUGAAAGAUUAUAUCAAUUUAUUCAUGUAUGUUCUUUGUAUAUCGUGUCUCUUUUCUCGUGAUGCAGGGUUUCUUUAUACAACUCGCGGCUAUACCUUGUGUAAAUAAAACUGAAAUAAAUAAUUGG